AUGUCCCCAACACUGCCCAUUCCUGCUCCUUCAUGUGGAGGCAACAGUGGAAUAAAUAAGCCAGGCCUGGAGACUCUAUCUUAUUUGCAACAGUAUUUCUGCACGUCACUUGAAAAUAUAUCAGAAAACUCCAGCUGCAAAGUCUGUCCUCACAACUGGUACCUUCAUAAGCAGAAGUGCUACUGGAUCUCCACGGAGAAACUAACUUGGAACAAGAGUAUGGAAGACUGCACAGCAAAAAACUCUCAGAUGCUGGUGAUACAGAAUCAGGACGAAAUGGCUUUUCUAGAGAAUGUCACCAAGCCAGGUAGACUGUUGUGGAUUGGACUACGUGCCACGUCUUCUGAAAGAAAGUGGACAUGGGUAAAUGGUUCCUCCUUUGAUGACAAAUUAUCAUCCAAACUAGAUCCAGCUAAAGCAAAUGACUGCGGGAAGCUGAAUGGGAAGCAAAUUAUUUCUGAAUCCUGCAUUAUUCCAACCAGCUGGAUAUGUGAGAAAAAAGUUUUAGUUAUACAACUAGAGGUGUGCCCAAUAUCUCCAUUCACAUUUAAGGCUAGCAUGAAUACUGAAUAAGCAC